CGUACGACAUCACACGAACGUACGGUGUUCGGUGGAGAGGGUGUGCCGGUUUGUUGUGUUACCUCUGGAGUAAAACAGCAUAUUUAGAAAAUAAUGAGAUAAUUUGACAAACAGACAUUCGACAUGUCGCUCCAUGUGUUGGUUAUUGGGGCUACCAAUGUCCCCAAUGUGGAGAAAUUUGGAGAAAGCGACCCAUAUGCAACUAUCGAAUAUAAAGGGUUAUCAAAGAAGACUGAGGUUGUCAAGUCAGAGUUGAACCCGACUUGGAAUGAGACGUUCGAGUUUGACCUAAGUGGUCUAGCCUUAACCGACAGUGAUGAGCUUAAGGUCACCAUCAAAGACUGGGAAAGGGUCGGCAGGAACAGACUGCUCGGUCAGGUGACGAUUCCUCUCCGUAACCUCAUUAGGAAAGGAUCAGAGCAGCUCUCGUCAAACCUUAAUGACAAAAACAAUGUCUGCCUGCCCUCAUCACAGAUAAAUAUGAAGCUGUCGUACAAACCUCCUGCGGGGGCUGCAAAGUCUGCAGGUGUGGCGGCUGUCACCAGUCAAUCUGAAGUGGUUGGAGAUAUGACUGAAAUUGGAAAUGAAGAGAUGGAGGAGGAGGAGGAAGAGGAAGAACCAGGACCUCCCGUAAUUGACCCGGCCACAGGUCAAGUUGUGCCAAAAAAGAAAAAGAAGCGAAGGGCACCCAGGCGUGGUUUACUCAAAAAUCUGUCCACUAAAGCUACAGACUUUCAGGUACGAGUGAAGAUCAUUGAGGCACGACAACUCCAGGGCGCCAAUAUACAGCCAGUGUGUAAAGUGACAGUAUACAAUCAAACCAAGCAGACACGAGUGAAAAAGUCAACAAACAGCCCCUACUUUAACGAGUCGUUCUUCUUUAACUUCCAUUGCUCACCAGCAGAGCUGUUUGAUGAGCUCAUAGAAUUCCAGGUGUUCAACUCCAGACGACUGCGGUCUGAUGCUUUAAUAGGCUCAUUCAAGUGUGAUAUCGGGAUGGUGUUUAUAGAACAGAAACACGCCCUCAUCAACAAAUGGCUGUUGCUUAGCGAUGCCAGUGACACGAUGGCUGGGGCCAAAGGCUACCUCAAAGUCUGCGCCUGUGUCAUAGGACCAGGAGACGAAGCACCGAGCUUCAAAGCUGCUGGGGGAAAGGAUGAAAGUGAUGAUAUUGAAAGUAACCUGCUGAGACCUUCUGGCGUUCAGUUGAGACCUGCUACCUUUACUCUAAAACUGUUUGGAGCAGAGGACAUUCCAAGAAUGGACCCAAACUUCCUACAGGGAGUUAAGAAGGUGUUUGGUAUUGGUGAGGAACAGAAAGAACUCGUGGAUCCUUACUUUGUCUUCUCAUUUGCUGGAAAAGAGAUUCAUUCAAAAACAAUGUACUCUAACGACCAUCCUGACUGGAACCAGGUGCUACGUCUCGGGCUUCAGUUCCCAUCUAUGUGUGAGCGGCUUAAAUUUAGUGUCAAAGACUGGGAUCGCAUAGGUAAUGAUGACCCGGUGGGAACGUCGUAUCUUCCAAUUACUCUCAUAUCGAGUGCUGGAGAAGAGGGUUUCCUACCAACCUUCGGUCCCUGCUAUGUAAAUUUUUAUGGGUCAACAAGAGAGUAUUCUGACCUGCCAAACGAGUAUGAGGACUUAAACGAAGGAAAGGGCAUAGGUGUGGCGUACAGGGGACGUGUCCUUGUGGAGCUGACAACAGAACUAGGUGCUUUACCAGAGGUCAAUGUACAGGACAUAGAGAGUGAGGAAACUCUACGAGUACAGAAAUUCAUGAGAAGGAGGAAAUACAAGCUUCAUGCGUCGUUCCUCAAUGCUACGAUGGUCAGUGCAAUUGAUGCGCCAGUUGAGUUUGAAGUCAGUAUAGGUAACUAUGGUAACAAGCUGGAUGACAAUGUCCCGCCUUGCUCCUCAACGACUCAGCCCACCAAUGCUGUGUUUGAUGGCUGCCACUACUCCUUCCUGCCAUGGGGUGCCACUAAGCCAUGUGUGGUGGUUGACUCUCAUUGGGAGGAUAUUUCCUUCAGACUUGAGGCCCUCAACCUCCUCCAGGGUAUCCUGGACAAACUAGAAGCUAACAUUGAGCAAGUCAAGAUCGGGAUGAAGGCCAAACUACCUACCCCAGAACUGGCCCAGUUGCUCAUAUCUCUUCUGGAACAGCUAGUACAGGACUGUCGAAAACCGCUACCACAGCCUAAGCCAGGUCGACAUACGCCUAACAAACUGGACGAGUUGACAUUGCAAUAUCGUGCAUCAGAGCUGGCAAACAUCAGAGAAAUGGCGGGAACACUGAGGGAGCAUGCUACAGAUGUUGUCGAGGCACUUAACGAGGCGGAGAACUUCCUACAGAUGAUCAAAAACCUGGCACAGGAGCCCCAGAACAGUAUGCCUGAUGUGAUAUUAUGGAUGAUUAGUGGAGAGAAGAGGAUAGCCUACCACAGGAUCCCAGCUAACGAGAUCCUCUACUCGGCCGACCCCAACUAUAUAGGUCGUAACUGCGGCAAGCUCCAGUCCAUUUGUCUUCAGUUGCCGGGAGACAAGGCCAUCAAAGACAAAAAGUUUGAUGUUCCUGCACUGCUCAGAGUGAGGCUCUGGCUUGGCCUCCAUAAUGAGGAAAAGGCGUGGCACAAGAUGCAGACUGAGGGUGAACUGGCGGUGUUUGCAGAAACUUAUGAAAAUGAGAUUAGUAUCCCUAUUGUGGGCUGGACAAACAAAGGACCACUGGGACGACCUAAAUGGUCGGACAGUCAGGGCAAGGUGAAGCUGAAGAAGGAGAAUUUUGACCCUCCUCCUGGUUGGAGGUGGGACAGCGAGUGGUACAUAAGUCCAGAACUCAGCAUGCUGUUUGACAAGGACGCCGGACACAAAGUGUACAUGGAGGACGUGUACGAGUGUCACUCACGCCUCCCCGGGGGAAGCUGGGGGGAAGCUACCACUCCCUGGGCAGAUGUGAAAGGUGACAAGUGUCUGUCCCGAGGGGAAACACACCUCCCCCCGGGCUGGGUGUGGGAGGAUGAGUGGGAAAGUGAUUUGGGCCGAGCAGUGGAUGAAGACGGUUGGGAGUACUGCGUGGAGGCUACUAUGGGAGGAUACGGUCCGGUUGAGAAGCGGUACCACAUGUGUCGCAGACGGCGAUGGAUACGUACACGACGAAUGGUGGAAGAUCCAAAGAAACAGAAAGAGAAGAUAAAGAAGUCACAAGAACAGGCAGAUGGCUGGGAGUAUGCUCCGCUCUUCAACAUGAAGUUCCACUGUAAGGAACACACAAUGGACAUGGUGAGGCGUCGUCGCUGGCAUCGUAAGAUGGUGGCUGAGACGCCAGGAGCUAGCUGUUUCUUCAGCAUGAAGACAGAUGACGAUGAUAAGGACGCAGCAGAAUCUCUUACAGCUCCAAGGAUGUUCUUAACAUUUGACAAAUCGUACAAGUACCAGCUGAGGGCCUAUGUUUACCAGGCCCGAGAUCUGUUAGCAGGGGACGAGUCAGGUUUGUCUGAUCCAUACGCGAGGGUGUCACUGCUGACCCAGAGUGGAGUGACAGAAAAAAUCCACAAAUCACUCUGCCCUACCUGGGACCAAACCAUCAUCUUCGAAGAGUUUGAGAUCUUUGGCGAUCCCAAAACCAUUGAGUCACAGCCCCCAGAGAUAUUUGUGGAAAUAUAUGACCAUGACAAGUUGGGGUCUAAUGAGUUCCUGGGCCGAGCACGAGCCCGCCCAAUGGUGAAACUAGAUCCUAGUGAUGCGAGAAUGCCCGUCCUACAGUGGUACGAUAUCAGACGAGGAAAUGAGGAUGGAGGGGAACUACUGGCAGCCUUCGAACUCUUUUUGGUUGGAGGAGGGGACCUGCCAUUCUUGCCUCCAAAGAAAGGAAACCUGUUUCUGGUUCCAAAUGGCAUCAGGCCAGUUAUGCAGAGAACUGGUGUUGAGGUGCUCUGCUGGGGGGUGAGGAAUAUGAAGAAGUUCCAGCUGGCAGGAGUUACCUCCCCUAGUAUUGAGUUUGAAUGUGGUGGCCACUUGGUGUCUUCAAAGGUCAUCAAGAAUACCAAGAAGAACCCGAACUUUGAUGAAUCCGUUCUCUUCUUCGAUGUGAUGUUGCCGCGUGAGGAGCUGUACAUGCCACCUAUGAACAUUCGUGUGCGGGACCAUCGCCAGUUUGGCCGCAAGCCGACGGUUGGAAUCCAUGUCCUGAAAACGUUUGAAGAGUUCCGCUGUCAGCCAGCAGUCCCAGCAAUAACCCAGGAUGAAGAUGAUCAGGGUGGAAUUGUGGGUAACGGUCCGGGUGGAGACACCAUCAUUGACAUGCCUGCUGACAAUAAAACCAAGAGUGCCAAAUCGAUAUUGGGAAUAAAGAAGAUGACAUUUCCCCAGCUAGAUUUACCGUCUUUUAUGACGUCCAAGCAGAAGGACUUGGAGCCAGAAGUUAAGGAUAUUGAAGAGCUAGACUGGUGGUCGAAAUACUACGCGUCCAUAGGGGACACAACGAAAUGUCGCAAGUACCUCCAGAAAGGCAUGGACAAGGUCAAGGUGUUCACUAAUGAGCUGGAGAAGUCAGAGAACUACAGGUCCUUUGAUGAUUUCUGUCACUGCUUCGACUUAUCACGUGGCAAAGAUGAGGAAGACGAAGAAGGAAAUGUUGUCGGUCAAUUCAAGGGCUCAUUUAAGGUGUACCCUUUGCCCCCUGCCCCGGGCGAGCCUCUGCCUGAUCGAGUGUUUAGUAAUUUACCCCCAAGUACACCAGAGGAGUGUAUUGUACGUGUUUAUGUCAUUUGUGGUAUAGGUCUGCAGCCCAAUGACACGAGCGGACUGGCUGAUCCCUACGUGGAGAUUGAACUAGGCAAGAAAAAGGUCAGCAGCCGAGAUGAUUACAUACCAAACUCCAUCGAACCUGUCUUUGGAAAGACGUUUGACUUGAAGUGUACUCUACCAGUGAAGAAGGAUCUGAUUGUGAGGAUCAAGGACUAUGACAUCAUUAGCAGCGAUGACCUCAUAGGGGAGACCAUCAUUGACCUUGAGAACCGCUUCCUGUCAAAACACAGAGCUACAUGUGGCAUCCCUAAGUCCUACUAUGUAGCGGGUGUGAACCAGUGGAGAGACAGCCAGAAACCAAAGGAGAUCCUGGACUGGUACUGUAAGAAGAACCACCUGACAGGCCCCCUGUUCUACGGCACCAACAGUGUCAAGGUCGCCAAUAAAACGUACAGCCUGUCCGACUUUGAGGUGAAUCCACGCUCUGACCCUGACCUUGGACAGCCGGAUGAGAGACUUGCCCUCCAUGUACUGAAUACCCUCCCUAUAGUCAAAGAGCAUGUUGAGACACGCCCCCUGUACAACCCCAUACAACCGGGUAUAGAACAGGGUAAGGUACAGAUGUGGGUGGAUAUUUUCCCCAAAUCACUCGGUCCACCUGGAUCACCAUUCAACAUUGAACCACGCAAGCCAUCAGGGUUUGUGCUGCGUUGUAUCAUAUUGAACACUGUGGAUGUUGUUCUGGAUGAAGAAUCCAUAACUGGGGAACAGAUGAGUGACAUCUACGUCAAGGGAUGGAUCUCGGGUAUUGACGAAAAACAGGAGACGGACGUCCACUACCGUUCACUUGAUGGUGAAGGCAACUUCAACUGGCGCUUCGUCUUCCCCUUCGAGUACCUGCCAGCAGAACAGGCGAUGGUUGUGAAGAAAAAGGAACACUUCUGGAGCCUUGAUGAGACAGAACAACGCCUGCCUCCAAACGUUGUCAUGCAGAUCUGGGACAAUGAUAAGUUCUCCAUGGAUGAUUUUCUAGGAACCCUAUCAAUAAACCUGAGUGCAAUGCCAAAACCAGCCAAGAAAGCAUCAGAUUGUACUCUACGUCAGCUGCCGGACCUACAGACAGGUCACGAGGUCAAACUUGUCUCAUUGUUUGAACAGAAGCGACUCAAGGGAUUCUGGCCCUGUUUCAAUGACGAAACUGGAGAACGUGUUCUAACGGGUAAGGUUGAGAUGGAGUUGGAACUUGUAUCAUUACAAGAGGCUGAUGAGCGCCCUGCAGGACAGGGACAGGAGGAGCCCAACAUGAACCCCCAUCUGGACCCUCCCAAGCGACCAGAGACAUCGUUCCUGUGGUUCACAUCCCCAUGGAAGACAUUCAAGUUCAUCAUCUGGCGCAGAUACAAGUGGUGGUUCAUCGGAUCCCUCAUUAUCCUCCUCCUCAUCAUUCUCCUGGCACUUUUCAUCUACUCCUUCCCGGGUGCAUUCAACAACUGGAUCCUGGGGAACUAACCAAUCGCAUAAACACUGUGUGUUUCAAUGAGCAACGAGCUACGAACAAUAGAACAAAUGACCUGUGGUUUUAUAGAACAACGAUGAAAAUACAAAGAUACCUGUUCAGCACAUUACCUAUUUACAUCCGACUGGAACCUGUCGGAAUUGCCGUAUUUUCACUAUGGGUAACUUUUCUCUAUACACCUAUUGAACAUCAAAACAUUGUUGAAUUUCAACAGAAAUAAACAACAUAGGUUACAACAUGUUCCUGGGGAAUAGGUGAUAAAAGAAGGGAAAAGAGCAUGUUUAGUUUCCUCGGAUGGAAAUUUGAUAUACAUAUACUCAUGGACUCUGUAGAAUUUGUGUAGUGAUCAGAACUGUAUUACUAUAAUUUUUUCAAGUUUGAAAAACUGUUGAAAAUUUCUGUAUCACAUUGUUGAGAAAGCUGUUCUUGUUGUUGUGUGUAGUUUAGGAGAAGAUAGUGUCCUGAUCAUCUAUCUGGAUGGUAAGAAAUUUACCACAAAUUGUUAUAGAAAUUUAAUUCAGUAGAUACUUACUAACACUUGAGAUUCUUAUUGCUUGUACCUUCACCUCCCCUCUUUUUCACUGUUGGGCUGUCCUGCAUUUGUUCUGGAUGGUACUAUUGUCAUAAAGAAGGUAGACAAGGUGUAUAGAUGUGAAAUGUAAGAAAAUUUAUUAAGAGAGAGUGAAUUGAUUGUAACUGUUUUGUCAUGUUGCGCUGAUAUUCUAGUAUGUUAUGUUAAAAUCAUAAAAUGUUUUGUAAAAUAUUGAUUCUGUUGUUGACAAUGUAUAAAAUGAAAUGCAAAGUUAUAUGUUGAUGUAUUGAAGGAUCCCUGUACCACUGUCUGAAAAUGUUACUAACAAACGAAAACUUUUACCAGCAUGACAAUGACUUUUUAUAUGUUGUCAUAUCUUGAGAAGAAACCAUACCAUACAAAACGUUUCAGAAAAUGUAAACGAUAUGCAAUAAACAAAAGUAUUAAGAAGUAAAGAAAUUAUUCCACAAUAGUGUUUUGAUAAUAAAAGAGGAAUGGGGUCAGGCAAGGAUUUCAGCAAUUGACCUUUGAUCAUAAUACCUGGUAGUCAUUCUUGCCAAUCCACAAGCUACCUGAACAAAUUAAGGGGAAGUAACUCUAGGUAAAGAAAUCUACAGUAAAACAGGGACAAUUGCACUCAAACCUUUGAGUCUGUCCGUUAGACUGGAAGAAGGAGAAGAACUCUCCAAUGUUUUUUAACCUGUGAUAUGGGAAUCCUUAAGGAGAUACACUACUGUAGAGCCUAUAUCUCACAGUCGGGGUUCACACUGUUAUACAGAAUAGACUGUCAUCUAAUGUGAAAGAUAGAAUAAAUGGUAGUAUUGUUAUGAUUAAUCGCCCAUUCCUAAAGUUAUCAAUUUGCCAAUUUUCAUCUAAAAACUCUCCAAUAAUAUUUUGUAAAAAGUUGUUUUUUCUAUGUUUAUCUCCUGAUAUUUUAUUAAUGAUUGGUUCUUGGCAUAUGGCUAUAGCUAUAGUUAUCAUUUUUUUGUGAACUUCUGUGAGAGUUUUUUUUUUCUAGGUAUGAAGCGGGCAAAAACCUGUAGAGAUUGAGUUAUCUUAUACCUAGCCUUGUAUUAAACUUAUCAUGACCAGGCUGUGCUUUUCUUCACAUACUUGCCACAAACAUGGAGAAGAGGUUCUCGUCUUGCCUACCAUACUUGAUUGAAUCAAAUCAUGUAAUGUAUAUCUGGAGAAGUGUAUGAUAUUUUGUAUACAAAACCUAGUUAUGAAGUAAGUAUUCUAAUUUUACAUGUAUUUUUACAAAAUUUAAUUCCUAGGUUUUGUUAAAAUAAUUUGUUGAAAUCAAACUUCAACUUCCGUAAUUUGAAAGGGAAGAAAUUUUUAAGAUCAAAAUUUUGUUUAACAGUAGAACAAAAAAAAGCCAUAUCUGCAACAAAAAGAAACUCACAAAAGCUAUUUUAUCUUAAGUUUCACUCUAUUUUUGUAACCAAUAUGCAUUUUAAUCUUAUCAAUGUAUCUAAAUGACAAUGUGUGCCUUUUUAUAACCAACUGUACUUGUUUGACAAGAUGUCAGUGAAUUUGAACUUUGUACGUCCCAGCAACCACCGAUGGACCAAGACCUGCGGACAUACAAUGUUAUUGUACAUAUAUAGUUUAAUAUCAUGUAGAAUUGUGUUGUUAUAGAUAAUACUUAACUGUUAUCACUUCAUGAUUACAUUUCAUCUUUAUUUCACCCUCCAGCCAAAUAGUUACCUUUUUGUUUAGAACCCUUUUAGUACUUUAUAAUAACGGAAACAUGACGCAAAUCUUUGAUAAAGUGUAUUAUCAAAGUUAUCAAAGUUAAAUUGUUGUUUCCAUUCCGAACAAAUAUUUUUUUUGUGUUGAAUCCACUUUAUAUUCAGCAAUGAUCAAAGGUUUAAAUGCGACUUUAGAAACUCUGUAAAACAGGCCCUGUGUCAGUGUGGGAAAUCUUUACCUAGUAUAUCAGUGUCUGUUUUGGUGUGAAAAAUGAUCUACCAAUUAUCUGUCCUGACACAGAUAAAUGUUGUAACUUUCCACUCUGGAGUUUGUCAGAGUGGACACUCAUCUGUUGAAUGUUAUACCAUUGAAAAUAAGCCUGAUUUACCAGCUCAGGGUUUCCUGAUGUAUUACAAUAGUACAACAUUGAUUCUGGUAUCAGUUGUAUUGAAAGUCCAGUCACGGUGAUCAGGUUUGAUUAUUACAAAAUUAAUAAAAUAAUUUUGGAUUGGGUUUCAAUUGUUCAGUUCCAUUGACAUCACACCCUACGAUGUUCCUGGAAUAAGUUGGAACAGCUUUAAUCCUAUUUAUGGAAAUUAAGGGUGGCUGAAAAAUAGGUAUAAAAAUAACUUUAAAAAUUCUACAUUGAAAUUUUUCAAGAUCAUUGAAGCAAAUUAUUUUUUAUGUAGAAGUUUAAAUCAACAAAAUCAACAAAAUCCGAGUAAAAGGUCACCGGUCUAUGACUUCUGUAAACAAGGAGGGUUCUGUGUUCUUACGACAAAUAUAUUAACCAUAGACUGAGCACAAUGUAAAAUAUGCAUUUAAAAUAAUCAAUCCUACUACAUUUCUACUGCUGGGAUAGAAUGCUUGCCUAUUCUUAUCUCAAGCAUUCGGUGAAUCGUGGAGACGGUGGAAACGUCCUGCGUGUUCAUGCAAUCACAACAGGUGAUAUUACAGGUGUUGGGAUAUUACUGUUUUCUACACUUUACAACUUUAUAUACCUGUGUUAGACAUUAUAUUAUAUAUUUAUUAAUAAUAAACUCCUUUUACAGCA